GAAGCUCCGCAACCGCGACUCAGCGACUCUGCAGUAGUCGUUGCCCGUUGGCCGUUGCUGCGUGCGUUGACAUGUAGACUACUUCGCAUUCGUCGUCUCACUUCACUGGGAAGCCGCCUGUGCGCGCGCCGCGCGUCAAGAUGGAGCACAGCUGCAAGUUCGGCCCGGACGGCGGCUACGACAGCAGCAGCAGCGGUGGCAGCAGCCCGCCGGCGUCCCCGCGCUCCGGACCCUCGGACAGCGACGGCUCCAGCAGCAGCAACGCCGACGAGGUCGACCGCGGCACUAGCCGCCAACUGGUGACUGUGUCGGAGUCGUCCGCCUGCGUGCUGCACGACAUCGACAGGCACCAGCAGCGCAUGCUCGCCCUCCUCCCAGCCUUCUCCCCUCCCGCAAGAGCCGGCGCGCGCGCGGACGCCUUGUCUCGCUGGCUCGCCGGGUUCGACGCCGGCUGGGUUCUGGACGUGGGCGCGUUGGACGGGGGCCGCGAUGGUGGUGGUCUCUUGUCACGGCGGGAGGUCGGGAGGAGGGUCAAGGCGUGGGUGCAGGCGCUGAGCACCAUGGAGCACGUCUUCCGCCUUCGCCACCAGAAGCUCAAGGCCGCGCACGUGGUCGCUAUGGGGGAGUUCGCGGCGGCGAGCGCCGGAGCGAUGCUGAAGCUGGCCGGCGCCGUGGCCGCGCUCGGGAGCUCCCCGUCGAAGCUGCUCGCGACGCUCGACGUGUACGUCCCUGUAUCGGAAGCGUUCCCAGUCCUCGCGAGGCUCUUCUCCUGGGGCCCCGCGCAUCCGGUCUCGGUUGCCGUCGAGACCGCGCUCGCGGAGCUGGUGGAUGCGGCCCGGCGCUGCAGGCGCGACCUCAGGUCGUCUUUCAUAAGGUCGCACUACCCAUGGCGGAUGCCACAGGGUGGCGAGGUGCACCCGUGCGUCGGCUUCUGGAUGGGCUACUUUCGCUGUCUGCUGCGCAACCGCAUCUCCCUCUACUUCAUCCUCGGCGGCGGCGACGACCACAGCGACAGCGAAGCACCGCCGCCGCGCGCUCCAGCCGGCGGCCUCGGCCUGGUGGCGGAGCUCAUAUCGUGCCUGGAGACCGUGCUGGAGGAGAAGUCUGCCGCUCUAGCGUUUCCGGGGCUGAGACAGGUGUUCAUGCUCAACAACACGUUCGCCAUCGUGUGCCGCGCGAUGCGCUCCGAGCUCAAGCUGUUGCUGCCGCCGGGGUGGGUUCGCGUCCGAGAGCAGCGCAUGGAAGCAUACAUCAAUGGCUACAUGGACGCGUCGUGGAAGCCCGUCGUGUCGCUCUUGGACGGCGGCGGCACCAGGACCAAGCCUGGCGCUGCUCUCGGGCGCCGAAGCAAUCGGCUGAGCGCGUUCUUCACUUCGUUGGAGAACGCCUGCAGCGCCCAGAGAUGCUGGAAGAUUCCAAACCCGGUGAUCCGGGGUAUCCUUCGGAAAACCGUCACUGAGAAUGUCAUGCCGGUGUAUCGCCGGUACUUGCAAGAACAUCCGGAGGUAGAGGUGGCCAAAGGGCGCACCGCGGAGGAGCUGGAGCAGCACUUGUCAGAUUUGUUCGAAGGGUAGAAGGUGGUGUGAAAUACAUUUUUGGCUAGUUUGGAACCCUAUUUUUCCAAGGGGUUUUUCAUUUUUCCAAGGAAAAUUAGUUCAUUUUUCCUUAGAAAAUUGAAAAUCCCAUGAAAAAAUAGGGUUGCCAAAUUAGCUCUUAGGUUUUUAAUUUUAUUUUUUUCUCCAGCAACGGCUAAUGUAUAUAUUUUAUAUUUAAAUUAUAGAGUGUGGUUCAUGGAGGCACGCAAGUGCAUCGGUUAGAUGCAAUCCCUGAGCAAUUUGUGAGGA